GAGCCAAGUUCUCCGUCUGCUGGUGGAGCUGGAGGAGAUCAAAGAUGGAAAUGGAGAUUUAGAUCGGAACAGGUCAGCUUGUUUGGACGCUUUUGGGUGCAUCAGAGCACGGUUCUCCCCUCUCGAAGCUGAGUGCCAACACCCUGAUCUUCUUGUGCACCAACAUCAUUGGGAUCUGCACGCACUACCCGGCCGAGGUGUCCCAGAGGCAGGCCUUCCAGGAGACGCGCGGCUACAUCCAGGCCCGCCUACACCUGCAGAGGGAGAACCAGCAGCAGGAACGCCUGUUGCUGUCUGUGUUGCCAAGGCAUGUCGCCAUGGAGAUGAAGGCUGACAUCCACGCCACGAAAGAAAACAUGAUGUUCCACAAGAUUUACAUCCAGAAGCACGACAACGUCAGUAUCCUGUUUGCAGAUAUUGAGGGCUUCACUAGUUUGGCGUCACAGUGCACGGCUCAGGAGCUGGUCAUGACCCUGAACGAGCUCUUCGCCCGCUUCGACAAGCUGGCCUCCGAGAACCACUGUCUGCGGAUCAAGAUCCUGGGCGACUGUUACUACUGUGUGUCAGGGCUGCCCGAGCCCCGGGCUGACCACGCUCACUGCUGCGUGGAGAUGGGUGUGGACAUGAUCGAGGCCAUCUCGCUGGUGAGAGAGGUGACGGGGGUCAACGUGAACAUGCGUGUGGGCAUCCAUAGCGGGCGGGUGCACUGCGGGGUGCUGGGACUCAGGAAGUGGCAGUUUGACGUGUGGUCCAACGACGUCACACUGGCCAAUCAGAUGGAGGCCGGAGGCAAAGCAGGGAGAAUCCAUAUAACUAAAGCGACCCUCCAGUACCUUAAUGGGGAUUAUGAGGUAGAACCGGGCUUCGGUGGAGAGAGGAACGCCUACCUGAAGGAACACAGCAUCGAGACCUUCCUGGUGCUAGGCUGUAGUCAGAAACGGAAAGAGGAGAAGGCCAUGAUGGCCAAGAUGCAGCGGACGCGGGCCAACUCCAACGAAGGCCUCUUGCCACGCUGGGUGCCCGACCGCUCCUUCUCCAGGACCAAGGACUCCAAAGUCUUCAGACAAAUGGGCAUUGAUGAAACGUCCAGCAAAGACAACCGGGGCGCUCAGGAGGCCAUGAACCCCGAGGAUGAGGUGGAUGAGUUCCUGGGCCGGGCCAUCGACGCCCGCAGCAUCGACCAGCUGCGCAAAGACCACGUCAAGAAGUUCCUGCUCACCUUUCAGACCUCCAGUCUGGAGAAGAAGUAUUCAAAGAAGGUGGACGAUCGCUUUGGGGGCUAUGUGGCCUGCACACUGCUGGUCUUCUGUUUCAUCUCCUUCAUCCAGAUCGUCAUUUUCCCGCACACCCAGGUGAUGCUGGGGAUCUACAUCAGUAUCUUCAUCAUCCUCGCCAACAUCCUCUUCAUAUGUGCCAUCUACUCCUGUAUUAAGCUCUUCCCUGCAGCCAUGCAGACGGUGUCCAAGAAGAUUGUACAGUCUCGGACAAACAGCACCCUGGUCGGGGUGUUCACCCUAAUCCUCGUCUUCAUCUCUGCCUUCAUAAACAUGUUUUCCUGUGACACGGAGAGUCUGGUGGACUGCGUUGCCAGGGAGAUGAACUCGUCAGCUGACCUGGUGACCCCUUGUGUCAUCCACAAUCUCUCACGGACGGCGGAAGAAGGGCUGGUCAUAUGCCCUAGCAACACCCCGUCCUGCCCCUUUCCUGAGUAUUUCAGCUACAGUGUGCUGCUGACGCUCCUGGCCUGCUCGGUGUUCCUGCAGAUCAGCAGUAUUGGGAAGCUGGCCCUGAUGCUGUUCAUCCAGCUCAUCUUCCUGCUGCUCGUCGAGUGGCCACAGGUGGCGCUGUUCGACAACGCUGACCUCUUCGUCACGGCCAAUGCCCUCCGUGUUAAUGAAUCCUUACAAUGGUCCAGUUUCAAUGAAACAUCAGACCAGUGUCCUUACAGUGUGACCAAAGUGUCUCUGAAGGUCAUGACCCCGGUGAUCCUCACAGUGUUCGUGCUGGCGCUGUACCUGCACGCCCAGCAGGUGGAGUCGACGGCUCGGCUGGACUUCCUGUGGAAACUACAGGCCACGGAGGAGAAGGAGGAGAUGGAGGAGCUGCAGGCCUACAACCGCCGGCUCCUCCACAACAUCCUGCCCAAGGACGUGGCGGCGCACUUCCUGGCGCAGGAGCGGCGCAACGACGAGCUGUACUACCAGUCGUGCGAGUGCGUGGCCGUCAUGUUCGCCUCCAUCAGCAACUUCUCAGAGUUCUACGUGGAGCUGGAGGCCAACAACGAGGGCGUGGAGUGCCUGCGCCUGCUCAACGAGAUCAUCGCCGAUUUCGAUGAAAUCAUCAGUGAGGAUAAGUACCGGCAGCUAGAGAAGAUCAAGACCAUCGGCAGCACCUACAUGGCCGCCUCCGGCCUCAACGACUCCACGUACGACAAGGAGGGCCGCUCCCACAUCAUCGCCCUGGCCGACUACGCCAUGCGGCUGCGCGAACAGAUGUCACACAUCAACGAGCAUUCCUUCAACAACUUCCAGAUGAAGAUCGGCCUGAACAUGGGGCCAGUGGUAGCUGGGGUUAUCGGGGCCAAGAAGCCGCAGUACGACAUCUGGGGAAACACUGUCAACGUAGCCAGUCGGAUGGACAGCACCGGCGUUCCAGACCGAAUCCAGGUGACAACUGACCUGUACCAGGUGCUGUCCAAUCGAGGCUACCAGCUGGAGCACCGGGGCGUGGUCAAGGUCAAGGGCAAGGGGGAGAUGACAACCUACUUCCUGAACGCUGGACCUCCCAAAAGUUAGCACCCACCAGCCGCUGGACGUGGUUCAAACGAGAUUCUCAUCCAUCAGCUCUCCUUCCCCCCAAGGCUAAGUAAAGGGGGGGGGGGGGGGUGGAGGAAGAGCGAAUCAAUCAAUCCCGCCCCCAAAUGUCAAAACCAGUCGCCAUGCCACCACUUUGGGGAAAAAAAACAUAAAAACAAAAA